AUGGCAAAUCCUAUCUUACCAGAUGGGGCCUCGAGGUCAAUAUCAGAUACACCACCUAAUCACUAUACGAUGAAUAUUCAAUUAUUUUCGCAACUUGCAAAGAAUAAAAUCGAGCCGUACCAUUCCAAUGAUUUCAAGGCUGGAGGCUACAAAUGGAAGUUGUUGGUUUACCCUAAUGGAAACAAAGACAAAGGUAUUACGGAUCACAUUUCUGCGUACUUGGUGAUGACACAAGUAGAGUCAUUAAUUCCUGGUUGGGAGGUUCGUGCAACUUUUCGAUUAUUUUUGCUUGAUCAGAACAAUGACAAUUAUUUCACAUUCGAAGACUUCGAAGGGAAACGGUUUCAUAGAAUGAAGCUCCAGUGGGGUUUCGAUAAAUUUAUACCUCUCAGCAUCUUCAAUGAUCCCCAAGAGGGAUAUUUGGUGAAUGAUACUUGCGUGUUCGGGGCUGAUGUUUAUGUUACUCGGGAAAAACACACCGGAAAAGGAGAGAUUUUAUCAAUGAUAAAGGAUGCCAUUAGCUACAAACACACUUGGAAUGUAAACAAUUUCCCUACUCUAACCGUCAAAUGCCGAGACUCCGAACCCUUCAAUGCUGGCCAUCAAACAUGGAAGAUACAGUUAUAUCCAAAAGGGAAAGACAGUGAAUCAAGUAACUUCAUAUCGUUAUUUCUGGCAUUGGCUGAGCCGGAAAAACUUUCUCCUCCUACUAAAAUAUACGCAGAAUUCACCUUACGUAUAUUAGACCUUAAACAUAGAGUUCAUAUCUCUGAAACAGUUAAUUACUGGUUUACUGCAACAAAUUUUGUAAGAGGUUGUCCAAGAUUUACGUCGGUGGGAAACUUUAAUAGUCAAGCGGAUCGUUUCUUGUGGAAGAACAGCUGCUUUGUUGAAGCAGAGGUCACUGUCCAUGGCGUGGUUAAUGCACUUUGA